AUGAGUGAGGAGAAAAGGUAUUGCAAAAUCUGUCACAUGGGAGAUGUAAGAGGAGAUGACCUAUGCAAUCCAUGCAGAUGUUCUGGAACAAUCAAGUACAUCCAUAGGGAGUGUUUGAUGUCGUGGAUAGAAUGCUCGAAGAUCAAGAGAUGUGACAUAUGCCAUUAUGAAUAUCGAUUCCAAGACAUUUACAAGCCAGAUACGCCUCGGGUACUUCCUCUGUCCAUACUUAUCAAGGGAAUAGGCGGCAUGGGAUGGAAGGUGGCGAUUGUUCUUGCAUGGUGCAUCCUACAGAUGAUUAGGUGGCUGGGUGUUUUCUAUUUUAAUGGAUACCUCUUUAUGGUAUCGACGGGUUUUUAUGAUUUUAAUAUUAGGCCUAGUUUAAGAGACAGCCUGAUAUGCAUAGCAAUUGGGAUUCCAUUGGCAUGGUUAGCACAGAUCAAUCGAUGCCUAUUUAAUCAGAUCCGAGAGAAGUUUGGUGAGGGUAUAAGGAGAAGAAGGGUGACAAUAAAUCCAAGAGCGAUAUUUGAAUCUAUGGACAGAGAGUCUACACAGGAGGAGGGGUCUGCAAGAACAUCCAGGAGUGAGGCAACAGAUGGGCCGGAUGGUAAUUUAUCCUCGGAUUUCCCCACAACCACUUCUAGAGAAAUGAACGAGGCCAUUGAUGGUGAGAGGGAGCGGCGCAGAACAUCGAAUGACCCCAUGAGAAGCUUUCUAUUCAGGCCGAUAAUAGUGGGAGCUGUUGAGAUGACCCUUCCGGUCUCGUUCAUACCUGUGAUAUAUGGCAUCGGAGGGCUCAUUUCUAUUCCUAAAGUUCCCGGAGCCUUUGGCGAGUUCCUUUCUGACACGAAUCUGAAGGAGUUAUAUUCUAGAUUGGUGGGAUUUGGAAUUGUCUUUUGGAUAGUCAUGGGAUGUACUGAAUAUAUGUGGAGAAGAUUUAAGUCCAGCAGUAUGAAAUACAUAUGUAUCUUCAUGAAGAUAUAUCUUAUAGUCAUGAUGAACAUAUUCUUCAUGAAUCUAACAUUUGGAUUGAUUCUUCACUAUAUGUUUGGGGGCAUACUAAACGGAGGAAUGCAUGUAUUGGAUCUCAACAAUGAGUAUGGAGCUGUCCUGAAGGGAAGCGUUUCUUUAGUAUUCCACAUGUCGAUUGGAUAUACCUUUAGCAUUGUAAUAAGAAAUAUCUUUCUCAGAUUCAAGAGAUGCUUCCGGCCAGGUGUUUUUCACUUUGUCCCUGAUGAUGACGACUCCCGGAUGGAUGAGCUAUACGAGGCUUCUAGAGUAGGGAUCUCAAGGAUACUUCUCCGAGUGAUGGCAUAUCUGGGGCUCUUCACCUUGUUCUAUGGGGCAGGGCUUAUGAUGAUCAGAUUGGUCUGUGGAGAAAUGAGCAUAAAGUUUUCCAUAAGAAGCUUUCUAAAGCUGUCUCUUAGCUACAAGGCCUUUACAAUGGUUCUGUACUCAAACAAGAUACUUUGUGACUAUGUAGUGAAAGGACUCGACAAGAUUGUAAGGCUAGAGGCCCGGAUCCUUGAGAUGGAGAACUUUCUCUAUAAUACACGAAUGAGAAGAUAUGACAAGCAAAUGCUGAGAUGGUGUGCCAAUAAGAACAAGAUCUUCAAGAAACAACAUGUUAGGGCACGAGAAAGAAGAAGGCCAACCGAAAGAGAGAUCCACAAGUACUUCAAUACUCAUCUGUCUUCUGACUUUGCAAUCUUCUAUAUUCCAAGGUUUUUUGCUCUUAAAUGCGGUCUAAUAGGAUUGUCUGUUGUUCUAUCUCUGUAUUGCCUUUACACCGGCUAUGCUUUUAUUGCCAAUCGCAUUGUUGAAAGGAUUAACAUGGAUGCAUAUGUCAGGGACUCUGGAGAUAUGUUAUUCUAUCUGGUCCUGGCUUUUCUCUUUCGAUUGUCAUGGAUAAUAAUACAUGUGGCAGUGAACAGUAUAAAAGGAGAGAAGGAUAUUCUGCAAACGGUUGGAGAGUUAUGCAAGCACGGGAUUGUGAAUAUGUACAUAAACACGGUGUAUCCUCUGUUUGGAAGUCUGAUGGUUAUUGUACUCUCCAAUGAUGGAGUGGGAAUCAAUGGACUACGGCCUUUGAGGCUGUUUCUGUUUUUCUUUAGCUCCACCUCGAUUGUAGAAACGAUUCUAAGUUCGUCUCCCGAGAAUUACACCUUCCGAGCACUUGUCAGAGAGUUGUGCAAGAUCAAUGCAUUUAUUUCCGUUGUGUUUGGAAUCUGGUAUAUGUACAAUGCCGUGACCUUACUUCUUGGACUAAACAAUGUGGAGUUUAUUGUCCUGAGUGCUGUAGUUGGAUAUAUGGUUUUUGUGUCAAGGAAGAUUGGGCAGAGCCUCCAGAACGAGAAAGGUUUCUACAAGAAGCUCCUGGAUGAAAACUACUUGAUUGAGAGAAGGGUUGUGAAUAUUGACGAGGAAUAA